ACUCGCGGCUGCUUUUGGAGAGGCGCUUUUGCGUCUGCCCGGCUCGGCACCUGUUGAAACGCCUUUCCCCUGCCGCCGGCUUGUCAAGGUGGACUUGGGGACUUCUGAAAGGCUGCUGACAAAAAGAAAGGCGGGAUGUUGCACACACAUCUGGAUCAGAGCAGCGCCAAGCCUCUUCCUGUGGUGAUCAUAGGAAAUGGCCCCUCGGGGAUCUGUUUAUCAUACCUCCUCUCCGGCUAUGUCCCUUAUGUCAGAAGAGGUGCUGUCCAUCCCAACCCCAUUUUACAAAGGAAACUGGAAGAAACACCUGAAAUUUCCAUCCUGGAUCAGGAUAUAGAGUAUCUGUCUGAAGGCUUGGAAGGGAGAUCAACCAGCCCUCUAGCUCUUCUCUUCGAUACCCUGCUACGCCCAGAUACUGACUUUGGUGGGACGGCAGAUUCCAUUCUCUCGUGGUGGCACCAGCCCGACAGAGCUGUUCCUCAUCUGGUUCUUGGCAAAAACCUUCCUGGAGGAGCUUGGCAUUCUAUUGAAGGGUCUAUGUUCACUUUGAGCCAGGGAGACUGGAUGGGCCUUCCUGACCUUCAGUUCAAAGACUGGAUGAGUAGGAAGAAAAGAGGCUUCAGAAAUAACAGAUCAACAGCUGGAGACAUCGUUCAGUACUACCAAUACUACGUGGCCAAAAAGGGCUUAAAAAAGAACUUUCUCUGUGGCACUUUUGUGGCGUCUGUGAAAAAUCUUGGUGUGGAUGCUGUCUACGGCAAUCCAGGUUCAAGAGACAGGGGCUGUAGAUGGGAUCUUCCUGAGAAACCAAUGGAUGACAGUAAAGAUAUCAGAACUCUCUUCCAAGUGGACGGAUUUGUCACCACCAUCAAUGGCACGCAGCCUUUCUCGGUGUAUGCUGAAAAUGUAGUUUUAGCCACCGGCACAUAUGACAGUCCCUCCUGGCUUGGAGUGCAAGGGGAAGACCUUUCUUUUGUCCAUCACAAGCUUUCUGCCCUGGAGGAUGCUGUGAGGAACAAGGAAAUUGGCAUGAUGUCUGAUCCGAUUCUGAUUGUGGGUGCUGGGCUAACAGCGGCAGAUGCCGUCCUCUUUGCUCACCACUAUAACAUCCCGGUGAUCCACGCCUUCCGGCGGAGGGUCAACGAUCCAGCCCUGAUCUUCAACCAGCUCCCAAAAACUAUGUAUCCCGAGUACCAUAAAGUCCACCAAAUGAUGAAAGAACAAGUUUCUUCUUGCCCAGGACUGUAUGAGAGUUAUGUCAGCCUUCCUGAGCACCACAUAGUGUCCUUCACGGAGGAUAGGAAGUGCAUCUUCCGCGAUAAGAGUGGCCACCAGAAAGUGUACAAUAUUUCUAUGGCUUUUGUUCUCAUUGGCUCCAAUCCUAACCUAUCGUAUUUGCCAAAUAACGGGGCAGACUUGGCGGUAGACUGUGAACAGCCAGUCAGUUCCAAGAGAAACCCAAUUGAUGUAGAUCCUUUCACUUAUGAAUCAGUUCACGAGAAGGGGCUGUAUGCCAUGGGACCACUAGCUGGGGAUAAUUUUGUGCGUUUUGUACAAGGCGGUGCUCUGGCUGUUGCCAGCUCCUUGCUGAAGAAGGCCAACAAGAACCCUCCAUAACACUGGGUGAGAUGCCCCUGUUCUCAAAGGCUGAUGCGAUCUCUGGAAAAGCAAGAGCAUUGAAUAGGUAGAAGCCAUUUCAGCUAGGAAGCUGAGUCGCCACCAUAGCCGACUCCAGGGUUGCUCUGAAGUGCUGAGUCACCUAUUCAAGACGGUUAAGUCAACAAGCUUGUGCGGGUUCUGCUGAAUUUUUCUUCCUGUAUGUAAAAUUUGAAGGUGGCCCUAUGCAGACUAUAGCACAGAGGAUAGGAGACGGUCUUCCACUCUGCUUGGAAGGGGUGCAAGGUAGUUAUUCUCCACUAACUGGCAGGUUUCUUAAGAGAGCGAACGGCACAUUUUGAACCCUCGGAGUUAAAUUAGCAACAGACAUUUCCCUCUCAAUGUGCAGAUCCCAAUCCAAUAUCCCACCCCCAUUGUAUUCUGAAUUACUCUAAAAUCAAAGCAUCACCCAAGGAGUAGAAGUGCAGGACCAAAGUCAGUGCAAGGGUUGCAUCUGCUUUCCUUCCCAGAGUUAGGGGGAACAGAGGGAAGAAGCAGGGUAGGAACUGGUGAGCCCACCUGUGGCCCGGUUGAAGGUACUUGCGCAUGAGACAUGGAGGAUAGGGGCUGCAUCAAAGCCAAAGGUUCUAGUGGCCACCAAUAUGUUUUUGCCAUCCUUAAGAUUCAUUCGUUGGGCUGUUCGGAGGCUUAGAACUAAAGAUGAUACAGUCCCGCGGACAGCCCAUUGAGCCAUUGAUUUCCCCCUUGGCAAAUGUGCAAUUUAAGUAACCUCUAAAUGAGGCUGCAUUAGCUUGAAAGCUCAGGAAUUUUUUUCAAUGCUGCUGAUUUUACAGCUGUAUAAUAAAUUCUCUCUCCAUCCAACUGAAUUUGUUACUGUGUUUUUUUUCCCCUCUGGGCUUUUACAUCUUUUCUGAAUAGCUUUUGUACACUAAUUUUUUUUAAUUAAAAGAAUCACUGUGUUCUGUG